CCUCUAAAGCAAAGGGGGGCAAGCUGGGAUCCGCCAGCCAGUGCUGAGAUGCGGCCAACUCUGGGGUGGGACACGGCUCCCCAAAUAAACAGCCCCUCUUGCCCAGUGCUGAGAUGCAGCUACCUCUGGGGCGGGGCGCGGAGGGAAACCACCUGCGUUAGCUGCAGGCCAGGCCCUGCCUGGGGUCUGCUUUGCUCUGUCCGUUCCCCUCCCCCCAGCCACUGGCACAGAAAGAGGAAUUGGUUUGAGGAAGUCGGGGCUGGGACGGGAGCGUGUGUGCUGGGAACAGGGCCGCCCCCUCCCCCCUUCGGUUUGUGAUACCGGCCCAGGGCGCCUCGCCCCGAGGGGCCCGCAGACAAGCCACCCAAAGGAUCCAGGGGGGCCAAAGAGCCCGGGCCUGAGCUCCCCACUGAUUCUAGACACCUCCAGUUUGGGAGCCCCCUGCCCGGGGCCCGAGUCAUGGACGAGUCGGGCACCCCCGGCUCACCCAGACAUCAGUGGACGGGAGGAGCAGCUGGUUCCUGGCCUACAAGCUGCCCCGGCCCCGGCACGGCCCCCCGGCUGAGGGGAUGCGCUACAUGUACCAGGACGCCCGCUCCGGCGGCUGGGUGCCCGGCCGUGCCCUCAUGAACAGCACCCACAGCGCCGUGGGCAGGACCCUGCUGCAGCUCUACCAGGGGGCAAACAGGCGGACGGAGGACACGGCCUACAUCCUGUACAACGACCAGCCCCCAAAGAACGUCACCUCCUCCACCAGCGCCCGGGGGCACACCAAGGGCGUGGUCCUGCUGGACAGAGCCCAGGGCUUCUGGCUCCUGCACAGCACCCCCCACUACCCGCCCCCCACGGCGGAGACCUACGCCUGGCCCCACAGCGGCCUGCACAACGGCCAGUCCUUCCUGUGCGUCACCUUCCCCUACACCCAGUUCAAGGAGAUCGGCACCCAGCUGAGGUUCAGCGACCCUGAGGUGUUCGACGCCCGGGUGCAGGGGCCCUUCGCCCAGGACCUGCCCGACCUGCGCCUGGCCUCCGACAUGCAGCCCGUGGGGGAGCCCCCCUGGAACCGCAGCGUGGCCCUGACCUCGCUGGGGGGGCGCCGCUUCCUGAGCCUGGCCAAGUUCCGGCUCUUCCACGACGAUCUCUACUCCGGCUGGGUGGCCCAGGCACUCUCCAGCGACCUGUACGUCCAGUUCUGGCCCAACUCGCGGGGGGUCCUGCCCUCCAACUGCUCGGGGCCCUACCGGGUGUAUAACAUCGAGGAGCUGGGCUUCCCGGCCCCAGGGCCCCAGUUCUCGGCCACCGUCGACCACUCCAAGUGGUGCGUGAGCACCGAGCCGGCGCCCGGCUGGGCCUGCGUGGGCGACAUGAACCGCAACCUGGAGGAGGAGCAGCGGGGAGGGGGGACCCUGUGCCAGCAGGACCCGGCCGUCUGGAAAUCGUACUGCGCCCUAGUGCAGAGCUACAGCAAGUGCUAGGAGGGGAGCGGGGGCUAGUGGGUGGAGCCGGGAUUGGGCAUCCGUCACCGCCCCAGUGACUCUCCAGGGGAACCUUUCAGUGCCUCAGUUUCCCCAUCUGUGACACUUGCACUUACCUACCUCUCUGGGGCUGUGGGGUAGGGGGAUUCAAUGGUGCCUGUGAAGCUCUGGGGGUCUCCAUGCCCUGUAUAAAUGCAGCCCCCGCACUGGCUCUUUCAAUAAUAAUCUCGCGAUUUCUAA